GGUGGAAGCUCAAGACGCAGCCAGUUUGCCUCUGAGGAGCAACCCAGAGCAAUGUCCCUGGCUGGGGUAAGCUGUCUGGUGACAGGAGCAGGGGGAUUUCUUGGCCAGAGGAUUGUGCGCUUGCUGCUGGAAGAAAAGGAGGCGCUGGCUGAGAUCCGACUGCUGGACAAAGCCUUUAGCGAGGAAGCGCUCGGGGAAUUUGGAAAGUUCCAGGGUAAGACCGAGGUGAAAAUCCUGGAAGGGGACAUCCGGGAUGUGACGUUCCUGCACCGUGCCUGUCAGGGCACCUCCCUUGUCAUCCACACGGCUUCCAUCAUUGACACCUUGGGCCUCAUAGAGAAGCAGCUGCUCUGGGAAGUCAAUGUGACAGGUACACAGCUACUGCUGGAGGCAUGUGUCCGCUAUAACAUCCAGCACUUCAUAUAUACUAGUACCAUAGAAGUGACAGGCCCCAACUGCAAAGGUGACCCAAUUUUCAAUGGCGAUGAAGAUACAGCUUAUGAGAGUAUGUCAAAAUUUCCUUACGCCCAGAGUAAGAGGCUGGCAGAGGAUUUUGUGCUGAAAGCAGAUGGCCAGGUGCUAAAAGAUGGUGGCACGCUGAUGACUUGUGCCCUGAGAUCCAUGUACAUCUUUGGAGAAGGAUGCCCAUUUCUUUUGGGUCAUCUGGAUAAGUGCCUGUUGAACAGAAACGUUUACCUGCGCUUCUCCAGGAAGGAGGCUCUGGUGAACCCCGUGUAUGUGGGAAACAUCGCCUGGGCACACGUGCAGGCAGCCAGGGCCCUGCAAGACCCGCAGAAAGCCAAGCAUAUCAGGGGGCAGUUCUACUACAUCUCGGAUGACACUCCUCAUAUGAGCUAUGCAGAUCUGAAUUACGAGCUGACCAGGGACCUGGGGUUUGGGAUUGAACCCCAGCUCCCCAUGCCUCUGACAAUGCUGUAUUACUUCUCGCUGCUGCUGGAGAUUGUGAGCUUCUUGCUCCGGCCCUUUGUCAGAUACAUCCCCUCCACCAACCGUCACCUGGUCACUCUACUGAACACCCCAUUCACCUUCUCUUAUAGAAAAGCACGGAAUGAUUUUGGCUAUGUGCCCCGCUACACAUGGGAAGAGGCGAAGCAGAGCACUGGAGUAUUGUCCAGUUCCACGUGCCAUUCACCUGACAGUCAAACUUGAGAGCAAAUCUGGGCCCUGUAAGCAUUGCAAGGCUGAAAGUACAAAGUAAGUGAGGCAUAGGUUUAGUUAGUAUGGUGCAUGGCGGGAGAUAAGGGCAAGAUUUUGUCAGAUAAGGGCUUCCUCACCUAUUUUCAUUUUCCUAGUUACCAAUUCCAAUAUUGCAACAGAUCUGCUAGCUGCCCAGCAGAACAACAGCUUCGACAAGGUAAAGAGGAGAAAAGUACUGCAGGACAACAGCUUGGUCUCUGAAGGGUUUCACUUGCAGAGUCAUGCCAUUUGUGAACUCUGAAGAAAAAUAAACAGUGCUGAAAGCAAAAAAAUCACGCUAUUUCUGGGUUUCAGCUGGGAACAAAGGCGAACUUCAGCUGACAGCUGCACGUGUGCUGUCCUUGUGCUUUUCUGAUGGCCACGUGAGUUUCUGCAGAAUGUGUGACUUGAUUGUCAGACCAAAAAUGUAGAACCUGUCUGAAUAAAUAGAUGUGAUCUGCUGUUUGCUUCUUAAACGUACAGCUCACUUGUUGAGAACAGCUCUGAAAGGUGGGAAUGUCUCUGUUCUGUUCAGAGUGGUGUCACAGAAACAUUU